AUGUCCCGCUCUCGGAGUUCUCUUACCAAGGUUUAUGUGGGCGAUCUGCCUCGAGAGGCAUCAGAAAAGGAAAUAGGCCGCGUCUUCGAUCGUUAUGGAGCCGUGCGAAGUGUGUGGGUUGCCAGAAACCCGCCGGGCUUUGCAUUUGUUGAGUUCGAGGAUGCCGCUGAUGCAGAGGAUGCUGUCAGAGAUCUGGAUGGAUCGUAACAAUAAUUCGAUUUUAUUAUCUCGUCUCUUCAGAGUUAUUUGCGGUGUCCGAGCACGUGUUGAGUUGAGUAGCGGAAAAUCGCGGCCCAAACCGUGGCUAAGGGGCAGUGGGCGGGACAGUUACGGACGAGGAUCUGGCGAUCGUGGCAGGGGAAGACCUUUUGACCCUAAUGACCGAUGUUAUGAAUGCGGAGAACGCGGUCAUUAUGCCUACGAUUGUCGCCGACGGCGUUCAAGGCGCUCCAGGUAGCAUUCCUGUGAUGUAUUUUGUCGACUCAUCUCAACUCGCCUCUCGACACGUUAAGUCAACUCAGCAGAUACUCUCCGCACCCUAGUCGAGUCAGAUUAACUUCAUGCCACCUACGAUCAGCUUGAAAGACCACUCUACAACAUCAGCUGCUAGGCGUCAUCUAAAUAAAGGCUGAGGAGCGUCUGUUGAAAAUCCUUCAUAUCUGCUGAAUGAGUUCUACCGGCGCUCGUUAUUUGCGACCACCGGGUUAGUGAGACAAUUUGAGACAUGAUUUCGCCUAUGAUUGCCAGUACUUUUUUAUUGUUCGCUACCCGUUCUAUCACCUAUACUAACCGACUCGUACUUUGAUAGGUCCCGGACCUCGAGGUCUCCGCGCCGAAGUUGA